CGUUCAUCCAACCUCACCUCAGUCCAGCCAUCAUGUCGUCCCGCACCGUCUGGAGGAGCCUCCAAUUGCAAGCCCGGAGACGAUUUAUCGUCCCGGAGACAUCAUACCGCUGUUUCUCCUGCACACGACGUGCCCAGGAUCCGCCCAAGGUCAACCAGGAUGAUCGCAUGACCCAUUUCGGCUUCCAAAAUGUUCCUGAAGCGCAGAAGGAGUCUUUGGUUGGAGCCGUCUUUAGCUCCGUUGCCUCGUCCUACGAUGUGAUGAAUGACAUGAUGUCGCUGGGCAUCCACCGCCUGUGGAAAGAUCACUUUGUCCGCUCUCUCAACCCCGGAUCCGCACUUCCCUCUCGCGAACACGAUACGGCCGGCCGUGGUUGGAACAUUCUCGAUAUCGCCGGCGGGACGGGCGAUAUCGCGUUUCGCAUGCUGGACCACGCGACGAACAUCAACAAUGACCACGAGACCCGCGUAACGAUCGCCGAUAUCAACGCGGACAUGCUGGCGGAGGGUCAGAAGCGCAGCGUGCAGACCCCUUACUACAACACAAAUCGACUGUCGUUCAUGCAGGGCAAUGCGCAGUCCAUGCCUUCCAUUCCGGAUAACUCGGUGGACCUCUACACUGUGGUAUUCGGUAUCCGCAACUUCACGGACAAGCAGGCAGCCCUGAACGAAGCGUUCCGUGUGCUGAAGCCCGGUGGUGUGUUUGCCUGCAUGGAAUUCAGCAAGGUCGACAAUGCCCUGUUCAAUGCGGUCUACAAGCAGUGGAGUUUCAGCGCCAUUCCCAUGAUUGGUCAGCUGGUGGCCGGUGAUCGCGACAGCUACCAGUACUUGGUGGAGAGUAUUGAGCAGUUCCCUAGCCAGGAGGAAUUCCGCGGCAUGAUCCAGAAGGCUGGCUUCAUGAUCCCGGGACGUGGCUUCGAGAAUCUGACUGGGGGAAUUGCCGCUAUCCACAAGGGUAUCAAGCCGCUUAACCGGGCUUAAGAGGGGCAAUUGAAAGGAUUGGAUGGAUGAAUUGUUUCAGACAGUGUACACUAGCAUUAUCUUUUCGCCACUGUAAUAAUAUUGAUAGUCAAAUAUUGACAUGGAAGAC